UGCGCAGUUGUACAAAUGUCCGAGGAGCACCUGAAUACAGCAUAGCUGCUGGUUCCGACGAGAGGAGCGGACUGCUGAUGUCGGUGCGGUGAAAGUGACAGCCAACAUCUCGCCAUGGAGAGCCCCUUAGAAGCAGCUGACCCGGCAGCACGCACCUACUCCCAGGUGGUGUUCACUGACACCCCUCAGUCAUACCCACCUUUGACCCCCGUCACCUGCUGCUACACCCUCACUGCUGCCUUCCAGCCAAACCCCCGGGACUGGGUCGGCAUCUUUAAGGUGGGGUGGAGCACAAUAAAGGAUUAUCAUACCUUUGUGUGGGUGGAGCCGUGUCUGGAUGUGGUCGGGAAGGAGUCCGCAGCGAGGCAAACUGUUUUUAAAGAUUACUACCUGCCGAAGGACGACGACUUCUACCAGUUCUGUUACGUCGACAGUGCCGGUCAAGUCCGCGGAGCCAGCACUCCUUUCUGCUUCAAAAAACAGGCGGAGAAAUGCACAGAGAGCAGCAUGGAUGAGGACCUCCUGGUUAUAACUACACAGGAGCAGGUUGAGCUGAGUCUACACGAGAAAGCUGAGCUGCAGAAAGAGCUGGAUCAGAUAAAGAGGGAAAAUGAAACCUUAAAAAAUGAUCUACAGAUGGAACGGCAACAAGCCGCCGGCAUCAAGGGGCAGAUUGAACAGAAAGAGAAACGAAUGAGUCAGCUGGUCAAAGAAAUGGAUCAAAUCAAGGAACAAUAUGAAAACCUACAAAGCACCUUCCAGGAAAAGGAGGAGAUGAUAAAGCAAACAGAGAAACAGCAACGUGAUGCUGUGAAGGAGAAAAAACAGAGCUUGAGUUUAGACGUAGCAUCAAAACAAAAUGAAACGCACGCUCAGGAGAAAUACGAGCGAGCUCUGAUGAAGAUCAAACUGCUGAAGGAGGAACGCGAGGUGCUGAAUGGGAAGAUCGAUGCUCAAAGUGUGGAGAUUUCCAUGUUAAAUUCCAGACAAAGAGAACAAGAAAGGGAACUGUUCAAAAUGAAAGACAGCAUCCAGCUGCUUCAGGUGGACCUUCAGAGCAGUGAGAAGGAGAAGGAGAGGCUCUCUGAAGAGCUGCACAAGUCGCACAGCCUCGCACAGGACAUGGGCAAAGUGAAGGAGGAGAACCAGGAGUUAUGUAGGAGCCUGUCGAGGCAGAUAACUCUGCAAAACUGUCCGGAAGACGACCUAAGGGUUCAGUGUCAGACUCUGGGAUGCCAGCUACAGGAAGCUCAGGGGAAACUGGCGGCUGAGAGGGAGGAGACCAAAAACGCCAGGAGACACGCUGAGAGUCUGGACAAAGAGCUGCAGAGGCUCAAGGAGAUGCUGGAGAAGGUGGACUACACACGCGAGCAAGCACAACUGACAUGUGGCAAACAAGAGCUACAGCUCACAGAGUCCCGUGAAACGAUCGCAGAGGCUCGUGAAGUGAUUGCAGACAGAGAGGGAACAAUAGAGGAGAAGGAGCGCAUGAUCACGCUGGUGAAACAGGAGAAAGAAGAGCUGGCCAGAGAAAACCAGAUGCUCACGAGUGAUAUCGAGAGGCUGCGCAAAGCUUUUGCCGACUUCCAAGCAUCUCCCCCCGCCGACUCAACUUACAUGCAACCCGACAACAACUCACCAGGUGCCAACACAUCCGCCAACAAUGACUGGCAGCAGCAGCAGCAGCCACCUGGUGAUGACAACCUGUACGAGACCAUUGACACCCCUGCAGACCCAGAGCAAGAGCAGUCGCUGGUGUGUCGCCACUGCCAGGAGUGCUUCCCCUGCAUAACCCGACACGAGCUGGAGGCGCACGAGCAGAGUCACCGGGUGUGUCCGUUCUGCACGAUGAUCUGUGACAACAUGGAGCAGUCCGUGUUUGAAGAUCACGUCUACGGCCACGGGCUGUGAGAGAAGGCUAUUCUAACAGCUGGAGCCACAACAACAACAACAACAACAACAACAACAACAAAAACAAGUCUUACAAGUUUGGGGGGUCUGAUAUAAAAAAGACCGUACCGAUAUUAUUACACACUUUUACCGUAAUCUACUUUACUGUUGACCUUUUUCCGAAGCAUACUGUUUUUGUGGUCAUUUAUUUUGGUAAAAUGGUAUCUUAUCAUUGUUUAAAGUAAAUGACCACAUAACUGGGCUUACUUUGAGAUGUUUUCAUACUUAGUGUUAUAUACAGUGUUUCUGUAUUGAUACAGAAAAAAUUUGGGAUUUGAGGAUCAAAAUUUGGGAUUUGAGGAUCAAAAUUUGGGAUUUGAGAAUAAAAAUUAAAAAAAUAGUCCGAAAUUGACUGUUGAAUUUACAUAUUUAUAUAGAAUUUGCAUAUGUUAUGAGUAGAGAUGCACCGACCCAUUAGUUUCAUAUAUAUAAUUUUUGCCAGUCAAAUCAUGUUUCAGUGUGGAAGUUCUUCAGAUUGAGUGAAAAAGACAUAAAACUUGUCAUUUUCAACAUCUGCAAGUCCAAAAUAAGCCGUUCAUCAAUGACCUUAAAACCAUUUGGAACAACUUUGAGAUUUGUUUGAGUGACAGAAUGUCCUAUAACUUGGUGCAGUUUGGGAGAAAUGUUAGUAAUAAAUAAUUUACUACUAAAAAACUUAGUCAGUUGAGUUUCAAAUUUCCAUGUAAGAAAAGCAACAAGAUGUUUGUGUUUGGAAAGAAAAUCCGAAUCUGCAAAAAUCAGAAUCAGCAGGUCAGGAAAUAUUCUAAAUUGGAAUCGGUGUGCCUCUGUUUUUUUGGCUAACCCCUUUUUUUGGCUGACUCUUCAUCACAAAACUUUUUUUGACCUGAUCCGCUAAACUCAAACAAUUUAAUAAAAAGACGUAAAAUAAUAACUUUGUGAAUGCUUUUGCUGAAGAGAUUAAAUAUAAAAUGGGAGUUGAGCCCAUUUCUCCCUUUUUUGUUUUGUUUAAAAUUAGCAAAAUUGUUUAAAUCAGGAGCUUUCUAUUUAAAGAAGAAAUAAACAAAAUUAUUUUGGACACAUUGAAGAUGAAUAGUACAAACAUAAAAGUGAGAAAUGAAUUUCAUAUUGAAUUUAAAUGAAUGUCAAAUGUGAUUACAUAUUUUCUUUAUCUUUAAAGUUAUGUUAUGCUUUGGAAAAUACGCAACAGCAAUUUAUAUAUAUAUAUAUAUAUAUAUAUAUAUAUAUAUAUAUAUAUAUAUAUAUAUAUAUAUAGGAUUUGUAGUAAAAAGGCUAAAACAUGCUUUAACAGUGGAACGUAUCAUUUAAAAUAAAGCCUGUCACAUUUAAAACUUAAUAUUUUAACCACAAUUCUUCAUCUCCAAUAUAACUUUGCACUCUUAAUCCCUCAGAGGAAACUGAUGAUCUACAAUAACCAGAUUGUGUCGAUUUAACUGUUUUAUUUAACUUCUGUUCAUUUCUGCUGAUUAUUAAAAUGUGUACGACAGAA